AUGCCAGAAUGCGGCGGGUCGACCUCCCGCCUCUUCGACGAGAACAGCGAAUUUCACGCGCGGAUCAUCGUCGCGCUGCAGGGUGCCUAUGGCCAGAUGCAUCAAAUGGUGUCUUUUCUCCUCUGCGUACUCGGAGUCAUGGCCAAUAUACUUCAUAUCACGAUUCUAACCCGGCCGGUUAUGAAAAGGAGUGCCGUCAAUCGAUUGUUAGCCCUGAUGGCCGUCUGCGACACAAUCACCAUGAUCGACUACCUACUGUACCUAAUCCGUUUUGGGAUUAUGGUAGAUCCAAAUGACCCUCCCUACGGAUAUCCUUACGUGUGGAUCUGCUACUUGAUAGGCCACGUCGUCGCAUCAAUCGCCCUACACUCCAUUUCACUAUACCUCUCCGUGGCCACGGCUUUCAUACGGCUAAUGGCCAUCGCCAGGGUACAGUCGACAAUGAUGAGACCGCGGAUCGCAUGGAAAAUCUUCGUCGGCAUCGCGACACUAAUGACCCUCUUAAUCAUUCCGACUUUUUAUGUCCAUCAAAUUGUCCAAUCCGAAAUGAAGGGAGAAUAUAUGGUCGUCCUUCCUCAAGAUGACGACAUCAGAUGCGUCAUUUUCAUCGUGAACCUAUGGCUAACUGGGAUUUUCUUUAAGGUAAUCCCGUGUAUUCUACUAUUCGCCUUCACGAUCGGGCUACUGUACAAGCUGCAUUUGAACAAGAUUUCGCACGAAAAGAUUGCUUCCAAGCAGUCGAUACAGAUGCGAUGCGCCCAAUCGGAUCGAACAACAAUUUUGCUAAUCCUGCUGCUAGCAGUUUUUCUCAUCACAGAACUUCCGCAAGGUAUCUUAGCGCUGCUCAACGCCCUCUACACCGAAGAUGUCAAUCGGUACCUCUACUCCCAUUUGGGCGAAUUCUUCGAUUUGCUCUCACUGGUCAAUGGGUGUAUUUGCUUCAUUUUGUAUCCAUGCAUAUCUUCUCAAUAUCGGGAAACAUUUUCACUACUGAUCGCCAGACUUCGUUCCUCUUCGAUGACUCCAUAUCGACAGCAUAGCCCUCAAUUAUCGCGACUAGCGCCAGCCUCACAAUGCUGCUCGGUGGAGACCGACUACCCGGGCCAACCAUCCGAAAAUCGACUCCUCGAAGUGUCCGAAGUGAAUCUG